AUGAGUGUGAACGAAGCGGCAGUGAGAGCUGCCGUCAAGGCGCGCAAGGCCUACAUCAUCGAAAACUUGAACACCAUGACGCUCAAGUCCUGCCGGCAGAUGCUUGAGGCUGAUAUGGGCGUGGAAUCGGGCACGCUGAAGCCCUUCAAAGAUCUGCUGGGCAGUCUGAUUGACAACCUCCUUGCCAAGAAGGUGGCGGCUGAGAAGACGCAGCAGGAGGAGGAGCCGGGCUUCUCGGACAAGAAGAAGACGAAGGCAGCCGACAGCGGCAGCAAGCCCAGCAAGCGGCAGAAGCGGGAAGAGAAGCAGCCUGCCAAGUCGUCGGGCCCGCGGCAGUACAGCCGCACGGUGGAGAAGCUGCGUGGCAUCUGCAAGGCUGCCACCAUCACCAUCCCGCCCAGCCUCUACGUCAAGAACAAGAGUGACGAGGAUCUGCAGGCAGCGCUGGAGGAGCUGCUUGGCAGACAUGGCCUGGAUGCCAACUCGGGCGAGCGCGACAUCCAGAAGGCCAAGAGCAAGCUGCAGGUGCAGCGAGAUCUGGAUGGCAUCGACUCAUCCAACAUCAUCCAGGGCGGGCGCGGCCGGCGGGCCGCCGCGCCGGUGUCAUACAAGGGAAUGGUGCAGCCGCCCUCUGAUUCUGAGGAGGAGGAGGAGUCGAGCAGCGAGGAGGAGGAGGAGGUGGCGCUCUCCGGCAGCGAUGCGGAAGCGGACUUGGACGGCACGGCGCCCGCCAAGGCCGCUAAGCCUGCAACUGCGGCACAGAAGAAGAAGCAGGAGGCCUCUGCAUCCGAGUCGGAGAGCGAGGUUGCAGCCAGCAGCAGUGAGGAGGAGGAGGAGCUGGUGGAGCAGAAGGACAAGCAUGUCGACAGCAAUGGGGCAGCAGCAGCGGGCCGCGGCAAGUCACCCGCGGCCAAGAGCCCCGAUGAAAACACGGCAGCCAAGUCCAACACGGGCAGCGGGGGCAAGCGCAAGUCGGCCAGCAAGGUGCGGCCAGCCGCCAGCCUGGAGGACAGCGACAGCGAGCAGGCGCCUGCAGCUGCCGGCAACCGGCGCGCCCUGGCUGAGUGGUCUGAGGACGAUGACUGA